GAUGUUUUGUAAUUCACAUGUUGUUAUAAUUCUACUGUAAAUCUUCUUAGAAGUUACCAAAUAAAUAACUAGUGAUAAUCUUAAAAUAGCAUUGCGGAUGAUAAAACACCUAAAUUCAUGUGACAUUUGGAUUAUCCCACAGAUAAGUAAUUCUGAAGUGAAGAAACAGAAACAAUGUACUUAGAUAUUAUCUAGUAGAGAUACAAAUUGAAUGUAAGGUGGCCAUGUUACGGAUUGGAGUGAUCUGUUUGCUUGUCGCGAUACAUGUUGUUGCCAUUCGGGACAAAUCUCCGUUUCGGAACAGAGAUUGCAGAGUAGUGUCGACAGAGGCGGGACCAGUGCGAGGUUGCGAGACAGAUAACAACGUCCAAUUUCUGGGUGUGCCUUACGCAGCGCCACCUAUUGGACCACGUCGGUUCAAGGCGCCUGCACGCCCUUUCUCUUGGAAAGGAAUAUACGAUGCCGACCGUGUUGUCAAAUGUCCUCAGAAAGGUAAAGGGGUAGAAGACUGUCUCGUAGUCAACAUCUUCACGCCCAUUAGAAUGCUCAAGGCCCCGUUGCCUGUGCUAGUCUACAUCCAUGGGGGUUCGUUCCUUAUGGGUUCAGGCCAGGUGACCGGAGUAGACCCACUUAUAGAACAGAAUAUGAUCGUUGUGACAGUCAACUAUAGACUUGGAGCCCUCGGUUUUCUUUGUCUGGGCAUAGAGGAAGCACCAGGCAACGCCGGACUCAAAGACCAAGUCGCUGCACUUAGUUGGGUACAAAGGAACAUCGGAAACUUUGGAGGUGAUCCAAACCAAGUGACUGUCUACGGUAUGAGUGCCGGAGGAGCGUCUGUGGAGUAUCUAGUGCUGUCGAAGCAAACGAAAGGUUUGUUCAAAAGAGCAAUUGUAGAAUCAGGAUCAGCGACGUCACUUUGGGCAGCGGAUUCCAACCCAAUAUCCACAGCUUAUGAAGUCGCCAAAAAUCUAAAAUUUCCAGUCUUGAAUCCUCAUGAAUUAGUAAGCUAUUACCAACGAGUUCCUGCGAAUAAAUUGAGUAAAGUCAACUAUGAAUACUAUAACAACUUGACAGAUGGAACAUUCGGCUUUGUCCCGUGUGUAGAGAAGAAGUUAGGCGAUGGGUCAGAAGCUUUUAUUACAGAAUCAGCAUAUAACUUACUAACAAAAGAAAAAUAUAACAAAGUGCCUAUGAUGUUUUUCUUUGCAUCGGUGGAAGGAUUAUUUCUAAGAAGCUCUGAACUAUAUGAAGAAGGGUACAAAGAGAAAAUGACCGCUAAUUUUCAAGAUUUCUUACCGGGGGACUUGGUCGUUGAAACUCCAGAGAUUCGAACUAAGCUAGCCGAAAUCAUAAAAGAUUUCUAUUUUAGCAACAAAACUAUUGGCGAAGAUUUGAUGGAUUAUCUGAACUACUUUGGCGAUUACAUGAUCCUGCAUGGGUUGCUUAAUUCAGCAGAAAAACAUUCAAAGUGCGACAACCUGGUAUAUUUAAUGGAGUUCGCAUAUAAAGGCAAUAUGGGAAGUUACGAGAAAUUUUACGAAAAUAUUUCUUCAGCUGGACAUGGCGAUGUAAUAAAACACGUGAUUUUAAACAGACAACCUCAAAGCAAACAUGAUAAACUAGCUGUGAAUAGAAUUGCGAAAAUAGUUGCCAAUUUUGUGAAAUAUGGGAAUCCAAUUCCAGAAUAUAGUGACAUUCUUCCGAUCUUGUGGCCCGUUGUUCGCCCAGGGAAUGGCCUUGGGGCGUUCAGUGCGGAGACCCGGGACAGCAUGACAUGCCCUGGGGCAGCUGCAUGCUGGCGAUGGAGUGCGAGCCCGAAUUCCGCAUCUAUCGCGGGGACAUCUACUGUGGACGGACACAGUUUGUCUGCUGCGCAAUACAGGUCACCUCCUACGACCUGUACCAAGGGUUCGAUGUCUCCUUCGACGAUAAAAGUUUAAGUACAGACACCGAAGAAAAGAGAGGAAAAGCUGGACAAGACGAUAAAAAAAAGAAAGAAGAAAGGGCAAGGAAGAAGCGCAAAGAAUUGAGAGACAAACGUAAAAAGAAGAUACUGGAUACUAUAAAAAAGGUUACUAAAGAAAUUAGAAAGAUAUUAAAUAAACAGUUUAAAAAUGGUACCAAAGAGAGGAAGAAGAGGACGCGCCAACUGAAGAGGUUCAUUCAGAAGUUAAAAAAACAGUUUAAAAAGGAUAAAAGA